AUGUCUAUUUCAAAUAAGAGAAAUAUAAUGACAAAAGUUUCUGAGAAUGAAAUAAUAGAGAAAAUAGAUUCAAUAAAUUUAAAAGAAGUUAAAGAUGCAUCGGUUUCUAUGAAUUAUUAUACUAAUUUUUUGUCAGUGAAAUUUAAAAAGAAUAGAGAAGGUAUUAUUUAUUCUAUACAACGAAUAAAAUAUCUAGAAGGUAUUCUAAAAAAAUUAAAUAAAGAAUUAUCAGAAGGUAAUAAAGAAUUGGAAAAAUUAGAAAAAUGUAUCAGUGAUUCCGAUAAAAUUAAUUCACAACUUGAGAAAGAAAUCAAAGAAGAAAUUAAUAAAGGAAACAUGUAUAAAAGUAGAGCAUCUCUUUUAAAAAAAAAUAAAAUGAGAAUAAUAAAAGCACAAGAUAUUAUUGAGAAAGAUAUAAAUUAUAUGGAGACUCGAAUAAAUAUGAUGAAAGAGUAUGUUGAUAUGAAUCGUAAAAAAUUUCAUAAAGCGGUAAAUGAUAAAGAUAAAAUGCAUGAAGAAAUGGAGAAAUUUAAAAAAGAAAGAAAAUUUUUACAACAUCAUUUGAAAAACACAAGAAAAGAUCAUGAAUUGUUAAAAAAUAAAAUGCAAAAUUUUGUUUUAAACAUGAACAAAUCAAAAACAGAAGAAAAUUUAAUAAUAAGGAAUAUUCUUAAUUCAUGA